CUCAUGCAGUUAAUGUGCCUGCACACAGACUAUCGCACUCGUGUGCUCUCUCCGUCUCUCAUAUAACUAUUUAUUAAAAUUUAUUCAAAUAAUUGUGAUCUUAUCGCACUACUUUAUCUCUGUAUGAUUUAGAGUGGCAGAGGUCUAGAUUUAAUGACCCGUAUUUAGUUUGUAUGAGAUUUUCAUCAUGUCUAUCGGCGUCCCCAUCAAAGUCCUGCAUGAAGCUGAAGGUCACAUCGUCACCUGUGAGACCAACACCGGUGAGGUUUACAGAGGCAAACUCAUCGAAGCUGAGGACAACAUGAACUGUCAGAUGUCCAACAUCACAGUGACGUAUCGUGAUGGCCGGGUGGCGCAGCUGGAGCAAGUCUACAUCCGCGGCAGUAAGAUCCGCUUCCUCAUCCUGCCGGACAUGCUGAAGAACGCUCCCAUGCUGAAGAGUGUGAAGAAUAAGAACCAGGGGGCAGGAGCUGGCCGGGGCAAAGCCGCCAUUCUUAAAGCUCAAGUGGCUGCGAGAGGUCGAGGCCGGGGUGGGCCGGGAGGACGAGGAAAUAUCUUCCAGAAAAGGCGAUAGUUUAAUUCCCAGAACUCUGUACAGUUUUUCUUUUUUUGUUUUGUUUUUUUUUUUAAAUCUUCUUACAUUCAUGACUCACUAGGUUUGCAGCUCAUGAUUUUCUUUUGCCCUGUUAAUCGGCUUUUUUUCCCUUCCCUUUAUUAUCAGUAGUAAUUGAACUGAUGAAUCCUUUUCUCACUGGAUUUGGAAAAAUAUAAGAAACGUACGAAUGAAGGUGUAAUUAUUACACUGUAAUGGUCUUUCACAUGGUGAAUUCUGACUUUGCUUCAGUGGAAUUUUUGUAAAAUGUGUUGGCUUGGAAUACAGCGCACCCUUAAUAAAGGUUUUACAGUUUAA